AUGUCUUUGAAUGGAGAUGAUGAUGAGAAGAAGUUCCGGAAGAAAAUCCGCAAACCAUCAUUCAAAUAUGCCAGACAGUUUUCGGAUACUCUUAUUGGCGCUCAUAUGGAUGGCUCCAAUAGAUCGAAGCAUAAAGGAGUUAGCAAAGCUGGAAUGAAUAAAAUGGCCUGUGAGACAUAUCCAAAUUUUGAAUCGCCCCUAACGCAAGUAUAUCGGGAUUGUUUAUUCAAAAAUGAAGUAUUCUACGCUAAAAAUAUAGGCUUUCGAACAAAAGAUCAUAUUAUAUCACUCGUGGAAUCGGAGAAGAAAGCGUUAUGUCCCAUCGAUACAAAGAGAUGGAUACUUUCUAACGGAAUAACAUCCCUAGCAUAUGGUCAUUGGAGGAUUGAUGCAUACAAGAGUAUGAUCAAAGCUGGUAUGUCUCCAGAGUUGGCUGAAAAAAGAGCUAUGAGUGUAAAGCUUAAGCCGGAGAUCGAAUCUUUAAUCGAAGAACAUAUAGCAUAA